ACCAGAGGAGCAAAGUCACGGAAAAGGUAAGCGAGCGAAGAGGGACAUCCUAACGUCAGCCACAAGUUUGGUGUAAGAUUCACAUGGUCGUCAUAUCAACCGACAAUUCCGACACCGGUGCUCAUAUCGGAGCUGAGCGAGCAAUUUCAAUCUAGCCGCCAGUGAAGACUCGCGGGACGUCGGAUUCCUGUGAACACAAGGAUGCGGUCCCGCACGUUUUUUGGACCGUGUUCGAUUGGGAUCUAUCUAUGGAUGGCGGUCCUUUUCAAAGGGUCCCUACAGGGGGAGCACCAGCGCAGACUGUACAAGGAGCUGAUGGCCAACUACAACCGCCUGGAGAGACCAGUGAUCAACGACUCCUCUCCUCUUCUGGUGGAGCUGGGAAUGACUCUGCUGCAGAUCAUAGACGUGGACGAGAAGAACCAGGUUCUGAUGACCAACGCAUGGCUACAGCUGUACUGGACUGAUGUGUACCUGAGUUGGAAUCCAGAGAACUACCCUGGAGUUCAGAACCUACGUUUCCCCUCCAGCCAGAUCUGGACCCCUGACAUCCUCCUCUACAACAGCGCUGAUGAGAGAUUUGAUGCCACCUUCCACACCAACGUGCUGGUCAAUGCGUCGGGUUACUGCCAGUACAUCCCCCCGGGCAUCCUGAAGAGUACCUGCUAUAUUGACGUGCGCUGGUUCCCCUUCGACGUCCAGAAGUGUGACCUGAAGUUUGGCUCGUGGACCCACAACGGCUGGCUGCUGGACCUGCAGAUGCUGGACGUGGACACGUCUACCUACAUACCCAAUGGAGAGUGGGACCUCGUGGGAGUCCCUGCCAAGCGUAAUGAGCUGUACUAUGACUGCUGUAAGGAGCCCUACCCUGACGUCACCUUCACCGUCACCAUGCGAAGACGAACCCUCUAUUACGGUCUCAACCUGCUCAUCCCAUGUGUCCUCAUCUCUGGCCUGGCCCUGCUGGUCUUUCUGCUGCCCGCCGACUCCGGAGAGAAGAUCUCCCUGGGUAUCACGGUCUUGCUCUCUCUAACAGUCUUCAUGCUACUGGUGGCUGAGAUCAUGCCCGCCACCUCAGACUCUGUGCCUCUCAUCGCUCAGUACUUUGCCAGUACAAUGAUGAUAGUGGGUCUGUCUGUGGUGGUGACUGUUCUGGUUCUGCAGUUCCAUCACCACGACCCACAGGGCGGCAAGAUGCCCAGAUGGGUCAGAGUGGUGCUGUUGAACUGGUGUGCCUGGUUUCUGCGAAUGAAACAGCCAGGUGAGGAGCGCAAACCCGCUGGCUACCAGUACGGCCACCCUCCCCAGCAACAUUCCAGCGCCAGCUCCAUCGAGAUGGGACCUAUGGGCACCGUGAUGGGCCUCACCCCACCCCUCUCCCAGGCCCCCUGCCCCACUGGCACUUCCAACGGCAGCAUGAGCCUCUACUUCAGCUACAACGCUGUGGAGGGCCCCCGCUGUCCCACCUCCAGCGACUCCGGCGUGGCGUCGGGGGGACUGGCCCAAGGGACCCCCUGCGAGGAGGCUGAUCCCCCAGGGGGAGGUGCUGGAAGAGGGAGAGGAGGUGGUGGAGGAGGAGGGGGGUUGAUCUUUACUCCUCCGGAAGUCUUUCAGAUCCUGGAGGAGGUGUCGUAUAUCGCCCAGCGCUUCAGGGACCAAGAUGAGGAAGUGGCGAUCUGCAGCGAGUGGAAGUUUGCUGCUGCCGUGGUGGACAGGCUGUGUCUGGUGGCCUUCACUCUGUUCUCCAUCAUCGGCACCUUCACCAUCCUCAUGUCUGCUCCCAACUUCUUGGAAGCCGUCACCAAGGACUAUCUAAAGAAAUAGUGUCAAUAUAUUAAACCGUAUAGGCCAGUUUCCCCAAACACAGUGUCGUGUCUUUGGCUAUGCCGGAUUAAGUGAUAUGACAUGCUAUUCUAUAAAAUAAUUUCUCCAUAAUUAA